CAAGCACUUUCAAGUGUCAACGACUACCCUCCUCAACUCAGUUAACUAUUUCCCUUGUUCACAAUCUCCGGCCAUGGUGGAGCACGAGCAGGUAAGGCCUCUAGCCCCAUCUACAGAUCGCACAAGCAGUGAUGAGGAAGAAUCUGCCCUUCAAUCGAAGAAAUUGCGUCGCAGAAGAUGCAUAAAAUGCUGUGGAUGCAUCACGGCAGUGUUGCUCACCGCCGCCAUAGUGAUCGUGAUAUUAAUCUUCACAAUCUUCCGCAUCAAGAAUCCUUGGAUAAAAUUGAAUGGUGUGACCAUCACUCAGCUCGAGCUGAUCAACAACACCAAUAUUCCAAAGCCAGGGGUGAACAUAUCUUUGAUUGCAGAUGUUUCAGUGAAAAAUCCAAACAUAGCAUCGUUCAGGUACAAUAACACCACUUCAGCAAUUUACUACCAUGGAGAGGUGGUCGGAGAGGCUCGAGGACCACCAGGCCGUGCAAAAGCUCGACGGACCAUGCGGAUGAAUGUUACGGUGGAUAUAAUGACCGGCAAGUUGGUUUCCAGCCCAAAUCUGAGUACGGAAGCGGGCACGGGGCUGCUGACAAUGGACAGUUACUCGAAAAUUCCAGGGAGGGUAAAACUGCUUAAUAUUAUUAAGAAGCAUAUUACUGUGACGAUGAAUUGCAGUAUCACAGUUAAUAUUUCAAGCCAGGCGAUUCAGGCACAGAAGUGCAGGAAAAAGGUUGACCUCUAGUAGUAGCAUAUACGGUUGGAAAAUUGCUUCGUGUUUUUUUUUUUUUAAUGGAUUAGUGAGAUAUUGGUAGCUCUAUAUAUGUAAAAUAUUUCAUUUGGCCAUCUAAUUCUACCCAUGUACUAGAUUUUUUUAGUUGAGAUUUCAGCUUUUUAUAGCUCUAUA